CCGUGCUUGUUCUUUUAGUCAACAAUAUGCACUGCUUUGCGGCAGUCCUGGUAGCGAUUUGUCUUGUGGUCGUGAGUGGAGACUUCAAUUGUACAAAAUCCGGAGGAUGUAGCCCUUUUACCUGUGGUCCCCUGGAAGUUCCCGUAAAAGGUAAACCACAGCAAGACUAUUUCUGUAGGCCCCUCUUCGCACCAACUUCACUGCGGCAGAAGCUGCGUACUUGCCUUUGCAAGCGGGGUUACCUUCGGAACUCCUGGGACGAAUGUGUUCCACGCAUGAAGUGCAUACCAUGCAAGUUCCAAUGGCAAAGAGACUAUCGCACAUGCAUGCCCGGAUGUCCGAAAACAUGCGAAACUCCUUUCGGCUCCCCAUGCAGUAAGCCGUGUACAGCAGGCUGUGAUUGCCCUCCCGGCUAUGUCACCAACCCGAAGUUCCCCAAGUUGUGCAUGAAGAUCAGUAAUUGUCAUCGAAAAUGCCCAGAAAACUCAAGUUUCAAGUCGUGCGUUUCAAAUUGCCUUCCCAAAUGUGGUCAACGCCCUCCCAAGACAUGUGACACUAAAUGUGAUAGCAGAGGUGCCUGCGUCUGCGAUGUGGGGUACGUUGAACUUGAGCGAGGAGGAAAGAAAGCGUGCAUUCUACAGGAAAUAUGUUCCCGCCUUACGUCUAAAAAAACUAAUCAUAGUGCUGGACAAAAUCUUCUUCUAGUACCUUCUAAUAAUACAGCUCACUCCUUGGAACAGCCUGUGAGAACAGCUUUGCCUAAUGGCGUACAGGAUGUCACGCCAGCUAGAGGAAGUGACUCCGAGGGUUCACCCUCAAGCGUUAUUUCAGGCACUGGAGGGUUACCCGUUGGCGUAACUUGGAAGAAAACGUUUACAUCUGCAACGCCAGGAGCUGUUUCCGGUGGUGAAACAAGUACACUCACUGAACCAUCAUGGAGCAGUGCUGGCAGUUUAGGCGCCAUUGGUGGUGCUGCACCAACUGCGCUCACUGCCUCGACAAGCGGCACUGCUAGCAGUGAUGGAGUUGGUGGCCGUGCCUCAGCGAAUACGAUCACUGUCUCGGCAAGUGGUGCUGCUGGUACUUCUGGAGCCAUUUCCAGCGCUCUAACGAGUACGCUCACUACACCGACAAGUGGCUCGGCUGGCAGUGAUAAAGUUGGUGGCAGUGCCGAAAAGAAUGCGAUCAGUGUCCUGCCAAGCGGUGGUUCUGGCACUUCUGGAGUCAUUUCCGAUGAUCUAAAGAGUACGCUCACUACUUCGACAAAUGGCACUGCUGGAAGUCGUGGAGUUGGUGACGGUGCCUCAACGAUUACUAUCACUGUCCCGGCAAGUGGUGGUACAGGUAAUUCUGGAGCCAGUCCCGGUGCUAUAAUGAGCACGCUCACUACACCGACAAGUGACUCGGCUGGCAGUCAUGGAGUCGAUGGCGGUACUGCAAUGAAUACGAUCAGUGUCCCGGCAAGUGGUGGUACUGGUGCUUCUGGAGCCAUUGCCGGUGCUCUAACGAGUACGCUCACUACCUCGAAAAGUGGCACUGCCGGGAGUCAUGAAGUUGGUGGUGGUGCUGCAACAAAUAUAAGUGUCCCGGCAACUGGUGGCAGUGGUACUUCUGGAGCCAUUUCCGGCACUCUAACCAGUACGCUUACUACCCAAAAAAGUGGAUCAGCUGGCGCUCCUGGGGCCGCUGACGGUGCUACUGGCAGUCGUGAAGUCACUGCCAGCGCUGCAAGUACGAUCACUCUCCCGACGAAUAGCGCUGCUGCCAUUACUGCAGCAAAUUCCGGUGUUGGAACAAGUAGGCUCACUAAGCCAUCAAGGGGUACUGCUGGCACUGAUGAAUUCGUCGCCGGUGCUACAGCAAGUACGCCCACCGCCCCGGUGAGUGGUGUGGCUGGUAUUACUGGAGCUGUUUCUGGUGCAGGAACAAGUACGUUCAGUAAGGCAUCAAGUGGCGCUACUGGCAGUCAUGCACCUGUUACCGAUGCUACAAGUACGCUCACUGCCCCGGCGAGUGGUGGCGUUAGUAUUACUAGAACCGUUUCAGGGGCUGAAAAAAGUACAAUGAGCCAACCACCCAGGGUCGCUGCUGGCAGUUAUGGAGCCAAUGCUAGUGCUUCGACAAGUACGCUCAUCGCCUCUACAAGGGGCAUUGUCAGCACUACUGAAGCUGUGUCUGGUGUUGCAACAAGUACCCUCACUACCUCGACAAGUGGCACUGCUGGCAGUAAUGGAGUUGAUGGCGGUGCCGCAACGAAUACGUUCAGUCUCCCAGCAAGUGGUGGUACUGGUACUUCUGGAGCCGUUUCCGGCACUCUAACGAGUACGCUCGCUACCUCUACAAGUGGCUCGGCUGGCAGUCAUAGAGUUGUUGGCGGUACUGCAAUUAAUACGACCAGUGUCCCAUCAAGUGGUGGCAUUGGUGCUUCUGGAGCCAUUUCUGGCGUUCUAACGAGUAUGCUAACUACCACGAAAAGUAGCACUGGUGGGAGUCAUGAAGUUGAUGGCGGUGCCACAACAAAUGUGAUCACUGUACCGGCAAGUGAUGGUACUGGUACUUCUGAAGCCGUUUCCGGCGCUCUAACGAGUAUGCUCACUACCCCGAAAAGUGGCUCGGCUGGCGCUCCUGGAGCCGCUGCCGGUGCUACUGGCAGUCGUGAAGUCAUUGUCAGCGCUGCAGGUACGACCACUCUCCCGACGAAUGGUGCUGCUGGCAUUACUGGAGCCAGUUCCCGUGCUGGAACAAGUAGGCUCACUGAGCCAUCAAGGGGCACUACUGGCACUGAUGAAGUUGUUGCCGGUGCUACAGCAAGUACGCUCCCUGCCCUGACGAGUGGUGCGGCUGGUAUUACUGGAGCUGUUUCUGGUGCUGGAACAAGUACGUUCAGUGAGGCAUCAAGUGGCGCUACUGGUAGUCGUGCAGCUGUUACCGAUGCUACAACAAGUACUGUCACUUUCCCGGUGAGUGGUGGUGUUAGUAUUACUGGAACCGUUUCAGGUGCUGGAAAAACUACAAUAAGCCAACCAUCCAGGGUCGCUGCUGGCAGUUAUGGAGCCAAUGUCAGUGCUGCACCAAGUACGCUCAUCGCCUCUACAAGUGGCACUGUCGGAACUACUGAAGCUGUGUCUGGUGUUGCAACAAGCACGCUCACUGCCUCAACAAGUGGCGCUGCUGGCACUCUUGAAGCCGUGUUUGGUGCUGGCACAAGUACAAUCAGUGAAACAACAAGUAGCUCUGCUGGCAGUCAUAGAGCCGCUGGCGGUGCUCCAGCAAGCACGAGCACUGCUCCUACAAGUGGCGCUGUUGGCACUGCAACAGCCGUUUCCAUUUCUGAUGCUAAAACAAGUAAACUCAGUGAACCAUCGAGUAGUACUACUGGCAGCCAUGACAUCUCUGGUGGUAGUGACACAAGCACACUCACUGCUUCGACAAGUGGUGCUACUGGCAGUCUUGAAUCUUUUUCCCGUGCCGGAACAAGCAUGUUCCAUGAACCAUCAAAUGGCACUGCUCACAGUAACGGAGCCGUUGCCGGUACUUCAACAAGCACAGUAACUUCGCCGACAAGUGUUGCAGGUGGCAGUACUCCACCCGUUCCCGGUGCUGGAUCAAGUAUGCUCAAUGUACCUCCAAGUGGCGUUGCUGGCACUUCUGAAGCCACUGCUGUCACUGGGAAACGAAUGCUCACUGUAUCCUCUGGUAGAGCUACUGGCAUUCCUGGCGUUAUAGGUGGGGCUGGAACAAGUACUCUUAGUGUAGCGUCAAAUACCGCUGCUGCCACUCCUGAAGCCGCUGUGGGCGCAACACCAACAUCUCUACCAACACUUCCUCCACCCGUACCUCUAGAGUAUCCUUCGAAUUCUCACCCAUCGUUCAUACCGUACCCAGAUAUAUUUAGAGACAAAAACACCGCUCAAAGUAUGCCCUCACUGAAUCCAUAUUCUUUUUACACUUCGUCUUUGACACAUUCACGUCAUAAUGAUGCUAAUUUGGGGUAUUAUUCAUCAAUUCCACAUUAUUAUAGUGAUCAAAAUUAUCAACAGUAAUUUGAGGUUUAUUCCCUGAUCUACACCUUCAUGAUACCGAGAUCACAUGGAUGGUCUAACGUACUAUUUUUGAAGUAAAGUUUUAUUUUAAUUAUGGUUCAGCUAGAUUCCACUCUUCUUAAAGAGAUUCAACUUUACAAUGUGCCCAGCGUAUUUAAGUGUAAAUAUUGGGAUUUAAUUCAUCAAACAUAACUUUCUGCACCCAAUCCAUUCCAAAAUACUUUUUAGGCUUUUUGUUUACCAGAUAACAUGUUCUUGCAUCGUAACUCAAUUCUCCUGACUUAAAGGCCGGAGUACAGAAAGACGAACGAUGUAACACACCCCGUGCGUUUCUGAGUGCUUGAUAUUUUCCAAUGCAAUAAUUCUAGAAAGUUGUGUUUUGCGAAUUAACUUUUGACAUUUUAUCUCUUUAGAAUUACGUAAUCACAAGCAUAUUCAAGCAGGGGCUGUUGAAUAAAUU